AUGGAUGAAACACUUCCGGAUGAUCAGGCCAUUACGGUUCCAGUUCCUUCCGUUGAGAUAACUGUCGAGGACCAAUUCAAAGCUCUCUUGCUAAAAGAUAUCACUCAUUUUGUUUUUUUUGUUAGGAAAAUCAUAUCAAAAGCCUUUUAUGGCAGUGAGCAACAAAUUGAGUGGCUCAACGCUGUUAGGUGGGAUCUUGAUCGAACUGAAGACUUCAGCAAGAAUACAAGGAUUCGAGUCGUUGAGGUUGAUUUCCCUAAACCCCGUCCAGGUGCAGCUUUGGAGUUGUUUUGGAAGCCCGCUCGAGGGAUUAUUUUCCAGAAGGUUCAAGAGUAUACAUGGAUUUGUUUUUCUAUGGCUUACUAUUUCGGGCUUCCUCUUUUGCGAUAA